AUGGAGAGUCGUUCGGAUAGCAUAAAAGAUCCGAUUUAUUAUCCAUCGAUGCAAGAGGUGAACGCAGAAGAAACGGAGACGAUCGAAAGGAGUAGAAGUUCGGCGGGUAGUAAUCAGGAGCUUGGCCUCGAAGAGAACAACGCGUUGAAAGUACCGCGGAAAUUUAUCGCGAACUGGCGGCAAGCUUGCGAUCGCACACGCGACAGGACGAAAGAUUUGUUGAAGAGGUGGCGAACGGUAUCGAGCAACGUCCAUGAGAUCGUUAGUGUUCCCGUUUCUAACAAGCAAUUGGAACAUCCUAGCUGGAGCGUGCACGUUUGGACGACUUGGGUAAGUCGGUAUCCGAGCAACGAGAAUUUAAUCGCCGUCUCGGAAGAAGCCGGUAAGGGAGGAAAAUUGAAGGAUCUGGCGGCAAUUCAACUGGACAAAUUCUCUCAUUUUUUCAUCUAUCUUCUGGACCACGACAAAGAUGGUUUCAUCGGCCGAAAAGAUUUUCGGCUGUUUUCAGAGCGAUUGAGAAGAUUCGCGGAUUGGUCGUGGAACGGGCCAGAGUACUUGCGUUUAACGGAGGUUGAGCAAGGACUGGCGGAUUUGAUCCUCGAAGAGACGGCCGUGGAGAGUGAGGAAGGAAAGAAGAUCAGCCUGGAGGAAUGGUUGUGCUGGUGGGCCCGUGCCGUGUCACCUGCUGGUGGCGCAACUUACAGCGAUAUUCCAUUUUGGCUGAAAAUUCUUCCGCGAAUAUUUUUCCUCGCUAUCAACGGCUCGGCGAAUGGAGUGAUUUCGAAAAAAGAACUCGAGUCGUUUUACGGAUCCGUGGUUGGCCUGGAUCCCGAGAGGAUCUCCAAGUGUCUGGAUGUGGCGUACAACUCUUUGACUUCGAACGGCGACUACCCGCUCGGUUGGACACAGUAUCAGCUCGUGUUCGCCAACUUUUUAUUCGGCCGUGGUCCUUUCGGUCCAGGAGAACAUUUCCUCGGUAUGACGGAUUCAUGCCUGAUUCGGGGCAAUAACGUACCGUUCCCGAUCGAUUAUUCCGCGAUGAAUACGCCGAAAGAUAAAUUGGAAGUGUACAGGCCACAUUGCAGGAGUAGUCGACGUAGCAUCGUAGUUUGAAAAGUAGCUACAUUUGUC